UCCUUCGUUCAUCACUUCGACAGAUCUCCGGCCUUCUUCCUCCUCCUUUCAAUCCCUCUUCGAAACCCUAAUUCAAGCCUCAGCUAACAUCCAAAUCAUUCUCAAUGGCCACGGAAGAGACCCUUCAGCCAGUAGUGGAAGAGCCCGCCGCCGAUUCCCCUGCGGCAGAACCCGCCGCCGAUAAGCCGGAGGAAGCGGCCGGCGAAGAGAACAAGGAAGCUGCUCCGAAGAAGACGAAGGCAAAGAAGCCUGCCGCUCCUCGCAAGCCGCGCUCCGCUGCCACUCAUCCGUCUUAUUUCGAGAUGGUCGGUGAUGCGAUAACUUCACUUAAGGAGAAAUCUGGAUCAAGCCAGUAUGCCAUCACUAAGUUUCUCGAGGACAAGCAUAAGGAUAAACUGCCUUCCAAUUUCAAAAAGUUGCUUCUGGUCCAGCUUCGUAAUCUAACCGCAAGUGGAAAGCUCACCAAAGUGAAAGGCUCCUAUAAACUCCCAUCCUCCUCAAAACCUAAAACAAGCAAGCCAUCUGCUGCUAAGAAACCUUCUACUGCUGCAAAACCGAAGGCUAAGAAGGCCACGGCUGUGAAGGCCAAGACUAAGCCCAAGGCUGCUGCUUCCAAACCAAAGGCUAAGGCGAAAGCUAAGCCAGCUGCUAAACCGAAGGUGGUUGCAAAGCCAAGCGCGAAGCCUGUUGUUGCUGCCAAGCCCAAGCCUGCAGCAAAAGUUAAGCCGGCAGCUAAAUCCAAACCAGCAGCUGCAGUCAAACCAAAACCAGCUGCAAAGGUUGCAAAGCCAAAGCCGAAGUCCACCACAGCUAAGCCCACCACGCGUCCGUCAAAGGUAGCAAAGACCUCCGUGAAGGAUACUCCGGGGAAGAAGGCUGCAGCGGCUGCGGCGGCGGCGGCCGUCAAGAAGCCUGCUACGCGGCAGCAAAGAAGCCUGCAACUACAGCCAAGUCUACAAAGGCAGCAAAGCCCGCAGCAAAGGCUGCCCCAGUAAAGAAAACACCCGCCAGGAAGGCCAAGAAAUAGAUGUUUUUAGUUAUUUUUUUUAAUGCAAGCGUUUGAUUUUACAUCUUUUUUUUUUUUUUUUUUAUUUUCUUAAUUUUCUUUUUCGACUCGUCUUUUGUUUUCUCUACCAUCAGAAGGGCAGUGGAUGUAAAUUUAAAAUGUUUUUAGGGCGCUGUUGACAUUUCUGUUAUAUCAUUGUUUCUUAAAAAGUUGUGCUCUGCCAUUAGAUAAAAAUUAUGUUUUUUUUCUGAAAUUGCUACCGACGGGGAAGAUGAUUCCUUGUUGUCGUCUUAGUUUAAUACAAAAUGGAUUGUAUGAA